GGACGACGUCAGCUUUCACGGCUCCCCUCAGAUACCCACGCCAAACUUGGACGCCCUUGCAGCAGACGGCGUAAUACUAAAUAACUUCUACGCACAGCCAGCCUGCACUCCUUCAAGGGCAGCACUCAUGACCGGACUGUAUCCGAUACGCACAGGAAUGCAGGGGCUCGCGCUUGACGUAGCCGAUCCAUGGGGGUUGCCGUCGGACGUACGGAUACUGCCUCAAUACCUCAAGGACCUCGGAUACGACACUCAUCUCGUCGGAAAGUGGGCUCUUGGCUACUACAAGACGAGCCUAACUCCGACUUGCCGGGGCUUUGACAGCUUUUAUGGCUAUUACAGCGGAGAACAGAACUACUACACCCACAGCGUAACACUCGAAAACCACACUGGUCAGGAUUUCUGGCUCAACAUGGAUCCAUUGUGGUCUGCAAACGGCUCCUAUUCUACGACAUUGUAUACGCAAAGAGCCCAGCAUCUCAUCCGUAACCGGAAUAAGUCAAAGCCGCUUUUUCUGCUGCUGAGUCAUCAGUCUCCGCAUGGAGCCGGAGACCCUGAGCCAUUUCAGGCACCGCAAGAAAACGUCGACAAGUUCCCUUACAUAGGAGAAAGGAACAGAACAAUAUACGCAGGCAUGGUGGAUGCAUUGGACCAGUCUGUCGGCGAAGUGGUCAAGGCGCUGAGCGACGCUCGCAUGUUGCAAAACACCAUCAUCAUCUUCUGCAGCGAUAACGGUGGUACACCCUGGGGCUUCCACUCAACCCGCAGCAUCAACUGGCCACUACGCGGAGCCAAGGGAACGGUCUGGGAAGGAGGCACCAGGGUGCCCGCUUUUGUCUGGAGUCCUCUCUUGGUGCGCUCUCGAAGGGUGUCCCAUCAGCUUAUGCACAUCACGGACUGGCUACCUACGUUAUAUUCAAUCGGCGGAGGUGACGUAGAGACGCUUGGCAAGCUCGACGGAUACGAUAUGUGGCAGCACCUGUGCUACGGACUUGGCUCGCCUCGAGUAGAGAUGCUUUACAACAUCGACUACAAGUUCUUGCACAACGCGGCUUUGCGACUGUGGCGCUACAAGUUGGUACUGGACGGCACAGGGUUCAUGAGCGAGCGGUACCGGAGACCUGGUGGAAGUCGCCCUAGCCGCGACCUCGACAAACUGCUCUACCAGUCGACGGCAGCCAAAGUCCUGCGUGGCUUUUACAAAACAUACCGGCUGAACUUUCCUAAGCGCUGGCGGGAAAGAGCAACGUUGAAGUGUGGCGUGCCGACGUGGGGUCACUUUCACCCCGAGGACUCCGUUCACCUAUUCGAUAUUGUCACAGAUCCGUGCGAGCUCAACAAUGUGGCCAGCUCAUACCCCGAGAUCGUGGCAAUCAUGAAGAAGCGCAUCGACGCCUACCAGGCUACGGCGUUGCCAGUGCAAUUCGAAGAGAAGGAUCCCGCAGGCUUUCCUGGGAACCACAAUGGAACUUGGGCACCGUGGGCAGGGAUGACGUGCUGA